GCUGCAGCAUCCACCACUGGGAAGUCGUCCCCUGGAGGUGAUCACCGAGAGGUCAACCCUUGGGAGGUCACCAGUGAGGGGGGUCGACCCUUGUAGUUCAUCGUCUGGAGGUCACCACUGCAACAACCACCACCGCCACCGGGGCGAUCACCAGUGGGAGGUCAUUUGAAGGUAUUUUCUCAGAAGCCACCUUCUGCAAAGGGGUCCACCUCCAGCACCAGCACCGUCGUCGCUGACCGGGCCUCCAACUGCCAAGGGGGCGGCGGUGGUGGUGGUGGUGGUGUUGGUGGUGUUGGUGGUGUUGGUGGUGGUGGUGGCCUGCCCGGCCCCACGAUGUACGAGACGGCGGCGAGCUCGGCGGCCGUGUACGUGGGGGCCGCGUCUCUCCUGCCGGGCCUCCCCGCCGCCUACCUGGCGCCCCCGGGGCAGCGCGGCAGCCCCGCGGGCGGCCUCUCCCCCUGGGGUCACUCCGACUCGCCCCUCGCCCUCCAGGCUCCUCAACAGCCGUACCCUCACCACCCGCACCACCCGCACCACCCGCACCACCAGUCGUUACAUCACCACCCGCAUCUCCAACAGCACCAACAUCAACAGCACCACCACCACCUUCAGCAGCAACAGCAGCAGCAGCAGCAUCAGUACCAGGGACAGCUGCAGGCCACCUCCUUCGCCUAUUCCCCGGGGCCCCACCCCCCGCUGGGAGGCCCCCACUACCCCGGCUUUGGGUCGGGCGAGGCCGCGGCCUGUGGGUCCUCCUGGGGCAGCCACCCCUACGAGAGCGCCAUCCUGCCGGGGUUGGUGGCGCACGGGGUGAGGAGGCCGCUGCCGGCGUUAGAAUCUCUGGAGGACAUCAACGAUGGCCGCGAGUGCGUCAACUGCGGAGCCAUGUCCACCCCGCUGUGGCGGCGCGAUGGUACAGGCCACUACCUGUGCAACGCCUGCGGAUUGUACCACAAGACGAGCAAAGGGGGACGUCCUGUCUUCAAGGCGCAGAAGAGACUCCAGCAGGCGGUGUCACGCCGGGCGGGGCUGCACUGCGCUAAUUGCCGCACCGGCACCACCACGCUGUGGAGACGCAACGCGGACGGCGAGCCCGUGUGCAACGCGUGCGGCCUCUACAUGAAGCUGCACGGGGUGGCGCGACCUCUGAGCAUGAAGAAGGACGCGAUCCAGACGCGGAAGCGCAAACCCAAGGGCGUCGGCGGGAACGGCAAAGCCAGAGCCGCACUCGUGGGCAUGGCAUCUCCCGUGGAGCACAGCGGCGCGGCGCUGUCCCCCCACUCGGGGGCUCACGCGCUGGAGCUGCCUCCGUUCGCUCCGCCCGGCUUGCAGGACUGCAGCUCCCAUGGAAGCCCUCCCGCACUGGGCCUGCUGAGGACGGAUGGUGUUGGAGAUUCCCACUACCCUCACCAUCCUCACCCCGCUCACCCGUGCAGCGCCAGUUCGGGGCUGCCUGGGUCCAGCCACCUCGAGUUGGGAGCUCCGCUGCUAAGCCGCGAUGGCACCUGGUGUGCCCUGGCCCUCGCCUGACCUGGCCUCCAUCUCGCCUGGACAUGCCCUGCUGUGGCCUUGGCCCUCGCCUGACAUGGCCUUGGUCUCGCCUGGACAGGCCCUGCUGUGACCUGCCCGAGCCUCGUCUUUUCCUGAUGCGGCCCGCUAGUCACGCUCGUGAGAUCAGGCCUGUGCAGUUCCUGCCCUUGCCUAAGCAGGCCUUACCCUUACGCAGUUGGGCCUUGUAAUCGCCUAACCCAGGCCCGCUACUCCUGCUCCCCGGACAAGGCAUGACUUUCGUUCCUGCCUCAUUGGGCGUUAUCCCCUGGGCUGAGUGGACCCUCGAACUUUCCUGAUGGCCGGGCCUUACCAAUGCCCAAUUAGGCCUCUCACCUCUACCGGUCCCUGAGUGUGUGUUGUUGAGCAAACAUUGGCUAUUGCCACGUGGACACGCUGGGAAGGGGGUGGGGGGGCAGGGGGCGAUGGACGUGUCAAAUUUGAAAAAUCACGAACUGUGAACGAUCGGCCGUGCGUUGAUGUCCGCUGACCCAUAGAACUGCUUCAUAGAACCGUCGACUAAAACUGACCAGAGGGUGACUCUCGAAACACUUCACCACAUUGGGGCUUUCCCUCCUCGGCGGUGACCGGGAAUGACUGUGAUGAAGCCAAGCGGGAAAGCCACUGCUGGCUGCCUGCGAGUUCGUGUUCGUGAAGAUGCAGCAAGGAGUGAAAUGUGAUGGGGGUGGAAACCGCAGCAAGGGAAGGCGGGGGAAAGGGACGUUGGUUUGCAAGCACCUCUCCUUGGACCGCAGAGAGCGGAGUUGCGACCUCUAAUUAGUAUGCUUGGCUAUGUACGGUGGGAAAAAACAGUUCAACACGCCCUGGGAAGGCUGACAGAUCUCCCGUGGCGGCAGCAGCCAUCUUCGACAAAGAUGACGAUCCUGGGAAAACCACGGGGACGGGCGGCAAAACCCGAGCCGGUGGGGGGAUCGACACGGGAGAGAGGAAGAUGUGAGCCGGAUUACGGCAGUCGAUGGUGGUGAAAACGUGGACACAGUGAGGAACGGAAACUUUGAAUACUCCGAACACCGACACGCCACCGACACGCUACCCACACGCCACCGGAUGGGGCGGCGCGGUGGGGAUGGUUCCGCUAUGUUUUUCUGUAACAUUGUUUUUUAAAGAUAGCACAGUUAAAGGCACAGCCCUGCAAUGCCUUUGCUCGCAAACACUGCUGGCGAAAGGGGGAGCCCCCUCCCGCUAUGAGAGAGAGAGAGCUCUAGAGGGGGCCCCGCUCUCGAGUGGUGGGUUCCCAAUCUCUCCGGGAACCGCCGCUGCCGCCGCCGCAGUCGCCAGCUGUCGGGGCGAACGUUUACAUGGAGCAACCAGUGGCGCGCGGUGCGGGCGGACGCGUGGGGCAGCGGUCGGUGGCUUUGUAGCGCGCACCGUGUUGACGAGUCACGAGCGCGGUCUGGACGCGCCGGCUGCACGCGUGUUUCGGCGAGUGAGUCAUCGCGUCGGUAUCUGCAGCAGUGGCCGGCGUGGGUCGCGCUUCCCACGGCCCCUGGCAAGGCCCCAGGCCCCAGGCCCCCCC